AUGACCCGCCUCCCUCCCGUCGAGAAGCUAUCGCUCGCAGUUCGCAAGAACGUGCGCGAUGAAUGGGACAACAAAAAGCCCGACAUUGAAAAAGAGCUCUCCGACGUCCUCACGGUGCCCUGGACAGUCGACGUUAACCCCAACCAGAUCUACGCCUACGCCGGAGAAGGCUACGCCAGGGACUCGCUGGGUGGCUGCAUCGCCGCCUACAUCAAUGGCGCCAUCUACCAACUUAAAGAAUUCUCGCGCACCUACUCCGAAUCGGGCCUCAAAGAACUCAACGCCAUCUGCCCCACCCACACGGUAACCAUGGACGUCGACGAGUCGAAGCGCUUCAAUUACGGCGGCGUCGAUGUUCACGAAGGCAGCCUGCGCAUCCUCUUCGCGCCCGGUAACCUAGGGACCAACGUUGACUACGCUCUGGAGCGCAGCACCCUUCUCAAAGCCUUGAACGAUGCUCCUGCUCCCGAGGGAUCCUCCGAGCCAAUGAGUUACGCUGCACGCACGGGGAUCCGGCAGGACUUCGACCCCAAGAUCAAGGAAAUUCAGGCAAAGGUUGGGGAGCUGCUCGCGAAGCCAGACAUUAAGCUGAACCCAAACUUUGAGGACACGUUUGAGAAGUUGAAGAAGGAGAGCAAGGUGAAGAAGACGGAGUUACGCGAGGAUUGGGAGUCAUAUCUGGGCAGCUAUGCCAUCUCGUAUUUUGAGGGGAUCGUAAGUCAGUUACAGUGGCAGAAAUUUGAGGACGAUGAUAUGCUGCAGGAGGGGUUCCAUGAGGCGGUCGAUAAGGGCGAGAUUGCGUACAGGAUCGUGGAUAAGUUGAAGUACGGCUCAUACUGUGAGUGCGAGGUUGACGAAGGAGUCCUGUACUUGCAGUCGAUGGCGAAGACUUGGGGGUCUAAUGCCACAUACGCAGCGGAUAAGCUUGUUGAUAAGUUGUAG